AGAGUGGAGACAUUUUUUAAAUGCCAAUUAGCCUACAAGAAUGCUACGGUUUUCCGAGGCAGCGUGCGCUUCUGGAUUGGCAAAAACAAUGGGACGAUGACACCAAAGGACGUUGGAUGUAUUCCAUACAACCUAAGGUACAAAGACAAACCUGGUUCAAGGGAAUGGACUUGACGCGUGGAUUCAUAAGAACGAUGUCCCGCCUUAUGUCGAACCAUUACUCGUCCAAGGCUCAUCCGCUUUUGGCCAACUUUUUUAAAUUGCAAUUUUUAUUACCAAUGUCAAAAACCAUGAAUAUUGAUACCAAUAUUGCCCAAAAUCGUAUGGUUCGGUAAAUGUCCUUCUGGGAGAACCUCCCUGGGGGCACCGGCCACUCCAGGUUGUGGCCAAUACUGUCAAAAUGGCAAUUUUCAUCACUAGUAUCAAACAGGCCUGAUAUUUUUGCCUGUGGUUAAAACUGCUGUCCCAAUUCACCCCAUGUGUCUCAAUUCGCCCCAGUUGACGGUAUGCCGUAAAAUCGAAACUCACAUUACCGGUCAGGAUUUCCAGUGAAGGAAUCUGACUUUGCUGAGACAGACACGAACCCAUCACCUUUCGCUUACUAGGCGAAACCCAUAACAUCUCGGCCACGGUUACUCGGCAAAUUAUUAUUUAUUAGAGACGACAGCGAAGGAAAAGGCAGCAGUAGCCAGGAGCGCUUUACGGUGACGAUGACCUCAUCGAGUACGUGUGGUUCCGUAACGGGAGACGCUGAAGAUACCGUACAACCGCGAGUUGAGCAACAUCUCUGCAGGGGCUUACCGGUGCAAAGCGAACCUGUCACGCGCGAGUCUGUGGUCACUAUCGCUUACCUCGAGCGGCCCAGUACGAUUACAGACGUCUGUGGUACGAUCAUCUCGGACAACAACACCGUAGUAGCAGCCGCCCAGCAACCGCUUGGACUGCACUAAAGGUACUACCAACUACAGAGCGGCAGUCUGCUCAUGGCCGACGUGUGCCUCUCCAAUGCCGGUCGACAACGUCGCAGCGAAAACCGUUCGCAGUUACAAUUCAAGCUGAACUGCUCCAACGAAGCGGGUCGACCGCGGUGGACAUUCACACCCCGGUAGGGCAAGAUUUCGAUCAGUUUGGUCAUCUUCACCUAGCAGUUGGUUUUCGUCAACGUUUCGAUGGACAAGCACAACGGACUCUAUAACUGCUCAGUCGGGAGUGACUUUCAGCUGUUCAACGUGACCGUACUCGUUCCGCCGGGUUUCUGGAGCAAAAUCACCUCCUGCUGAUCCCCAAUACGAACAAGCUGGUCGUGAGGAUUCUGGGUUCAGUCUACCCCCAGGAGAGCCGAUGAUCGACGCCGCCCAUCGUCGGAGGCGAUCAACCGGUGUCUGAUGCUGUGCUACAAGAACGUGAACCACGACGUCGUCAUCCGCGGAGGCUUGAACCGGGUCAACUGUCUGAACAUUCCGUUACAACAACCUGGCGGGUUUGCUUCCGUUCACGCUGUACAAGGCGUUCAUCCGGCGCCGUGCUGGAUUUUGAGACGAAGCAGAAUGACUGACCCGUGACGAACCACAUGCUGGAACGAAAUCAUGCUCUCGUAGGGUCUACCGGAAAACUGCUACAAGGCUAUCAGAUCACGUGGAUCGACAAGGACAACGUGCCCUACACGGCGAAUCAGACGGUGGACGCACGACGCUUCCACUUCCCGAACGCGUCCGCAGAGAAAAGGUCAACUUCUAUUGGAAGCACCGGAAUGGGCAUACCGAUCUAUGUGAAUCUCCUCAACAACGUGGUCAUCAUUCUGGAACCAUCCGUAGUUGAUCCUGUUCCGAGGGUGGACGUGACGUGACCACCGUGCACCGGGGCAAUCACCAGGCCAACGGUGGUUUCGGUGCGUCUUCUGCCACCUUUCCUUGCACGUGUCUCAGCUUGACUCAAACGGAGGUACUACCAGAUACAGAAAGGCAGUGACGUGACGUAACCAGUGGACCGUCUGCUACCGCGAAUGCAAUCGCAAAUCCAGCACGUCCGAACGGGACCAACACUCAAGCGGAACUGCGCCAGCGAAGCGGGUCGACCGCGGUGGACAUUCACAACCCAGUAGGGCAAGAUUCCGAUCGGUUCCGUCAACUUCACUUACCAGUUGGUGUUCGUCAACGUUUCGAUAGACAAGCACGACGGAGUCUUGUUGCUCAGUCGGUAGUGACUUCCAGCUGUUCAACGUUAACGUACUCGUUCCGCCGGUUUUCAACAGCAUCAACAGCCGACGUUGGAGGUCCUGUCCUGUCGAUCUUCUUCCCAAACGGGAUCUUCAUUUAAUGGCCAAGAUUCCAGAACGUGGAACAUGCUGAUCCUUAACACGAACAAGCUGGACGUGAGGAUUUUGGGAUCGGUCUACCCCGACAAAGCGCCGAUGGUGCAGGACUACCGGUAUAUCCAGUGGAAGACGAUCGACGCCGCCCAUCAUCCCCCGGACACGGUCAAUCGCUUCCAGACGGAACACUUGAAUGCGCGCAGCGUCCAGUUCACCUGGAGCCGCUUCAUCGCGACGGACGCGAUCAACCGGUGUCUGAUGCCACGACGUCGUCAUCCGCGGAGGCUCGAUCCGGGUCAACUGUCUGAACAUUUCGGAGGAUGCGACGCACUACAACCUGGAGGGUUUGCUUUCGUUUACGCUGUACAAUGCGUUCCUCCGGCGCCGUGCUGGACGAAGCAGAAUGUUCCCGGACAUUGACAUGGACAAACGCAAGGAAGGACUCAUGUUCUCGUGGAGUCCCCAGAGAACCGCAACGGAGUGCUUCAAGGCUACCAGGUCACGUGGAUCGACAAGGUCAACGUGCACUACACGGCGAAUCUGACGCACGACGCCUCCACUUCCUGAACGAGUCCGCAGAAGAAAAGAUCAACAUCUCCCUUCGGGCUAUCGGAAGCACCGGAAUGGGCAUACCUAAGGUUACCAAACGGUACGGAUUUAAUCCUUCCCAUACGGAUUUUGACGUAAGACUACGUCUCACUCAAAGGUACUGGUGUGCCAUUCCAAAA